AUGAAAAUGAGACACAAAACUAACCAUCGAUUCACUGAUCGCUCAACUGAUCCACAGCAACGACACGACAAUCAUCACAACAAACGGUUCCCACAACGAGGUCGCUCUGUAAUCCCAUACGUGUUCCGUAUGAGACAAUUGCGGGGAUCGGUGACCAACGGGGAGAGGAUGGCGAGCCCACCCGCCAUAACCCCCGCCUCGCAUCUGAUCCCUUGGAGAUUUCGUCGCCAAUACUGUCCGCACGGAUCAGACGCACCGAAACGUCCGACGGAUCCCAUACUAAGCCGUUUGCCGGCGAUGACCAUCACUGAGAAGAUGUGCCGAUUGUAUGGACUCUAUAAGAGUGCCCCGAAACCGACCAUUUCAUUCACUGGACUCCAUCUGCCUGUCCACCACUCACCCCAUGUAUUGUCAUCACAGGGAUGUCUGUCCGACGAUAGGAAUCCCGAAACCAAUGGUUUUGAUGCCAUGUUUGAUGCGAACUCAUCACCGGAUCUGUUUGUGUCAAACAGCGAAGGUUUUGGUGACUUCUCUGACGAGGAAUCCAUUGAAAUGAAUGAAUCCAUUGUUUUUAACGAUGAUUUCAAUCGAAGAAAUUCAUUUGAAUUGAAAGAAAGCGAUUGCAAUGCAAAGACAUUUGAAGAGCAAUUCGAGGAUCAGUUGACACGAGUCUUCGACAACGCUAUGGAAAGCUAUUCAUCUGAAGGCAGAAUGUGGUCACAAAGUGUCCAUCCCUUAAGAUCCACUGUUUUUACCGACGCUCGCAAUCAAAUCCGCGAGUUUUUGGUCAACACUGGAUGGUUGAGAUCACUGUGGGAUCAACUGAUGGCCACAUUAAGGAAACACGACUACACUCUGGAUGGCAGCGAUUGGGAUCUGUCUCUCCUAUCCCUCAAUGCGGCGCCCGUUGAAGACCUCCAGAAGAACCCAAAGGCCAGACGUAUAGAUCUGUCCAACAAUUUCUUAUCUAAACUGCCGGACUCGUUCACAGCACUGAACCACUUAAUAGUCUUGGAUUUGAGUCGAAACCAAUUAACAUCAUUACCACAAAGUUUCGGUGAUCUCAACAAAUUGAUUCGUUUGGACCUCUACUCCAACCAAUUGCGGACAUUACCACUGAGUUUCGGACGCCUCUCGAGACUCAAGUGGUUGGACCUGAAGAGCAAUCCAUUGGAACCGCGUUUAGCCAAAUAUGCGGGCGAUUGCGUGAAUGCCAGACAAUGCGAGUUAUGUGCCAUCAAUUGCAUCAGAUUU